AAAUUAUGUAUUGUACGGGUAAGUUUGACAGAGCAGUACUAUGCAAUUACUGCAAGAAGCCCGGACACUUGAUCAAAGAAUGUAGAAAAUUGCUAUUCAAAAAUCAAGGAAAUCAGCUUGCUCGUGUCGCUUCCGCUACCAGUUCAUCUGAUGGAUCAGUUGCUAUUUCUUCAGAUGAGUAUGCCAAAUUUAUUUGCUACCAAGAAUCUCUAAAGCAUUCAUUUGUCCCUAUCUCGGUAGCCGCAAAUUCAGGUAUUUCAAACACAUGUCUUGUUUCAUCAUCCUCGAAAUGGGUCAUUGACUCAGGUGCCACAGAUCAUAUGACCGGUAAUCCCAGUCUAUUCUCGUCAUUUCAUUCAUAUUUACCUACUUCCAGUGUCACUUUAGCUGAUGGAUCUACCUCACCCGUUCUUGGAUCUGGUACUGUUGUUCCAACUUCUACAUUACCAUUAUCGCCUGUUUUGAGUCUUCCUAAUUUUGCAUUUAAUCUGCUUUCCAUCAGUAAGAUCACUCGUACUCUUAAUUGUUCUGUAACAUUUUUUCCUGGAUAUUGUGUGUUUCAGGAUCUGUUAACGAAGCAGAUUAUUGGUAAAGGACAUGAGUCAACUGGUCUUUAUAUUUUGGAUACAUCCAUCACAAAAGGUAUCUCUUGUCUUGGGGUUGGGACUUUGUUAGAUGCUCAUUACCGAUUAGGACAUCCAUCUCUCCCAUUAAUGAAGCAAAUAAAUCCCCAAUUUAAUAAGAUGACCUCUUUACAAUGUGAGUCAUGUCAAUUUGCGAAACACCAUCGUACUAGCUUAAGCCCGCGAGUUAAUAAACGAGCAAAUGCUCCAUUUGACCUUGUUCACUCUGAUGUUUGGGGUGCUUGUCCGGUUGUGUCUAAAGCUGGUUUUAAAUAUUUUGUUACCUUUGUUGAUGACUAUUCUCGUAUGACAUGGUUGUAUUUCAUGAAACGUCGAUCUGAGUUGUUCACUCAUUUUUCUUCCUUUUGUGCUGAAAUUAAAACUCAGUUCAACGUUCCUGUUCGGGUGUUAAGAGGAGACAAUGCCCAAGAAUAUCUAUCUGCUACAUUUAAGUCAUUUAUGCUUCAACAUGGCAUUAUUCAUCAAACUGCAUGCGUUGACACACCUCCUCAAAAUGGAGUUGCAGAACGAAAGAACCGACAUCUGUUAAAAACUGCAAGGGCUCUUCUAUUCCAAAUGAAUGUGCCGAAACAGUUUUGGGCAGAUGCCGUGUCUACUGCAUGUUUUUUGAUAAAUCGAAUGCCAUCUUCUGUUUUGAAUGGUAAAGCUCCUUAUCAUUGUCUAUUUCCAAACAAAGAGCUUUUUCCUAUCCCACCUAAAAUAUUUGGUUGCACUUGUUUUGUUAGAGAUGUUAAUCCUCAUCUUACAAAGUUAGAUCCCAAAUCAUUAAAAUGUAUUUUCUUGGGUUAUUCUCGAGUCCAAAAGGGGUAUAGAUGUUUUUGUCCGAGUACUGGUCGGUAUCUUGUUUCUAUUGAUGCAUCAUUUCAUGAAAAUACACCUUUUUCAUCAUCUAAGGCAGAUAUUCAUGAGAGUAAUGAUGAUAUACUCAUUUACACGAUGACUAUUCCUGAGUCCACACUUUCGACAAAUAUUCCACAAGUUACUGUUCCUGACCUUAGGCCUCCCGUACAUUUGGUAUACACCCGUCGACACAAAGCACCUGAUCACCCUCCACCGGCGAUACCUAUGAUUACUUAUCCUGAUACUAGUUCGACUCCGAUCUCAUGUCCUGAACCAGUACCUGCAUCUUCAGAUCUUGUCUCCACAUCAGAUCUUGACCUCCCAAUAGCACUACGUAAAGGUACACGGUCUUGUACUCAUCCUAUUUCUUCAUUUGUGUCGUACAAUCAGUUAUCUCCUGCUUCAUGUUCUUUUAUUGCUUCCAUUGAUUCUAUUUCUGUUACCAAAUCUGUCAAAGAAGCUUUGUCUCAUCCUAAAUGGCGUCAUGCCAUGGUAGAGGAAAUGAAUGCUUUAGAUCUUAAUGGUACUUGGGAUUUGGUUGACUUGCCUACAGGGAGGAAAUCUAUUGGAUGUAAGUGGGUCUUUGCUGUUAAGGUUAACCCAGACGGAUCUGUUACUCGGUUGAAAGCCCGAUUAGUUGCAAAGGGUUAUGCUCAAACCUAUGGUGUUGAUUAUUCUGACACUUUUUCUCCUGUUGCUAAAUUAACAUCUGUCAGGUUACUUAUUUCACUCGCUGCAACUCAUGAUUGGCACUUACAUCAGUUGGACAUUAAAAAUGCAUUUUUGCAAGGUGACCUUAAGGAAGAAGUCUAUAUUGAGCAACCUCCGGGAUUUGUUGCUCAGGGGGAGUAUGGUAAAGUUUGUCGACUUCGCAAAUCUCUUUAUGGUCUGAAACAGAGUCCUCGUGCAUGGUUUGGAAAAUUCAGUCAAUCAAUUGAACAAUUUGGAAUGAUAAAAGGCAAAUCAGAUCACUCUGUCUUUUACAAACAAACAGAAUCAGGUGUCACAUUGCUUGUGGUGUCUGUUGAUGAUAUUGUGAUUACAGGGAGUGAUAAUGCAGGUAUUUUGGCCCUUAAGAAUUUUCUGCAUAGUCAAUUCCAGACGAAAGAUCUUGGCUCUUUGAAAUACUUUCUGGGAAUUGAGGUAACACGAAGUAAGAAAGGCAUAUUUCUAUCUCAACGUAAAUAUGUACUUGACUUACUAGCUGACACAGGGAAAUUAGGGGCAAAACCAAGUACAACACCCAUGGUUCCCAACGUGCAACUCACUCAAGAAGGCACACCGUUUGAAGACCCAGAAUGAUAUAGAAGACUGGUUGGAAAGCUUAAUUAUCUCGCAGUCACUCGUCCAGAUAUUGCCUAUUCUGUGAGUGUAGUGAGUCAAUACAUGUCAUCUCCAACCAUGGAUCAUUGGGCUGCAGUAGAACACAUAUUAUGUUAUUUAAAGGGUGCACCAGGACGAGGUAUUGUUUAUCAAAACCAUGAUCACAUGAGAAUAGAAUGUUUUGCAGAUGCAGAUUGGGCCGGUUCUAAAGAUGAUCGAAGAUCUACAUCUGGUUAUUGUGUCUUUGUUGGUGGUAAUCUUGUAUCUUGGAAGAGUAAGAAGCAGAAUGUGGUUUCUCGUUCGAGUGCCGAAUCAGAAUAUCGAGCUAUGGCACAAUCUGCAUGUGAGAUCAUAUGGAUAAGCCAUUUAUUGACCGAGCUCGGACUGAAGACAUCAAUGCCUGCUAAAUUGUGGUGUGAUAACCAAGCUGCUAUACACAUAGCAAACAAUCCUGUAUUUCAUGAGAGAACAAAGCAUAUUGAGGUCGAUUGUCAUUUUAUUCGAGAGAAGAUACAAAAAGGAUUAAUCUCUACAGGAUAUGUGAAGACUGGGGAACAACUUGGAGAUUUGUUCACUAAAGCACUAAAUGGAAUUCGAGUUGGUUAUUUAUGUAACAAGUUGGGCAUGAUAAAUAUCUAUGCUCCAACUUGAGGGGGAGUGUGAAAGUAUAUUAGAAUAUACUUUAGAAUAUGGUUUAGAAUAUAUUAGGAAUAUACCAUAUAUAGUAUUAUUGUAUAGCAUCUUUUAUAUGAAUAUUCUAUCUUUGUAAUCUAUAUUUAUAGGGCCUUACCCUUCAAUGAAACAUACUGAAAAUCUUUCCUCCACUCUUCAAUAUUAUUCUAGUUUAUAUUUCAACACUCCGCGUGAAUAGUCUAUAAAUCAUGAAAGUACACACAUAGCGAAGCUAUUUAGUAAGAAUUUUGCUAGGUGUACACAAAUUGUGUACACCUUUGGUACCCCAUAUAAAUAUCUCCCCUUUUUUUUACCUCACUUCCUUUUCAAUUCAAAUUUUUACCCAUCUUUCUUUUCUCUUCCAUCCAUCCAUUCCUCCCGCCCCGUACUCCCGCACCCCCCUCGACUUUGAACCGCCAUUCAGAAAUACAAAUGACAACCGAAGCCAUCCAUCCAUAUUCUUGUUGCGUGUCUAACACAAUAUGCAUUUGUCUGUCAUUCAUAUUUUCUUGUGUGUCAUUUGUUUUGAAUUGUCGGUUAUAUGUUUGGAGUUGUCUGGAGUUGUCUGUAAGGACUUUAUAAAUGUCUGUGAUGUUAUAAAUACAUGUCUGACGUUCAUAUUUCCUUGUCUGUUUUGUGUUCUGAGCUAUCUGUAUGUGAUGUGAUAGAUAGAUAUCUAUCAUUCUUUUUGACUUGUCUAUCUUAUGUGGUAUGCAUUUUUGGACAUGUCAUAGGGCUUUCGAAUUGCAAAUUCCUGUCCGCGACCACUUCCCUGCUCAAAUAUCACUUUGUUCAUAAUUGAAAGACGAUGCAACAUUGGUGAAAUCAGCUUUGUCACUUCAGCAGAUUGCUCAGUUUCGUAAUAUGCCAUGGGGUCAUCUUCUUGAUGUGCCAGACCUUCAGUUUUCUACGCGAAUUGUCCAUAGCUUGUUAUUGAGGCUUCUGUAUGACCAACCCAAAGACGAACUGUGGUUUUGCGUCAACGACCAGUUGUUGAAGUUUACUUAUGCAGAUUUUGAACGCAUAACUGGGCUCCGUUCUACAGGGCCAACUGCGGUCAUCUCCGAUGAUGAUGAAAGCAAUGGGACGUUGCUAGAUAACUACUUUGGUGGUGCCACGAAGAUCAACUUUAAGACGUUGACGACAAAGAUGAAGUCAAUUAAGCCAAAAAAGAGAUGAGCUCGCGGUGAUCCUCUUAAGCUUGCAUGUGCUUUCUAUGUGCAGUGUGUUUUACUACCAAGGAACAAGAAAACAAAUAUGAAUUCACAGUUUCUGAAAUUGGCUGAUGACUUGGACAAAUUCAAAGCCUACCUUUGGGCAAAAGAGUCCCACAAUCUGAUGGUUUCUCAUAUAAAGACUCUUAUGGUUGGGCAGGGCGAGAGGUUCAAGGAGAGUAAGAAAGCCAAUCCCAAAUACAAAAACGCAAAGUUCACAUUGCACGACCUUCCUCACGUCCUGCAGGUUUGGGCUUAUGAGAGUCUGCCUGAGCUAGGACGGAGAUGUGCUGAACGCGUUAGUAAUCAUGACGUCCCCUUGCUCAACUAGAAGGCUAUGGGGUUCUUUCAUUUUCAAAAGCUAAAUGAACUAAUUUUCAAGGAUCAUUACAAUAUAAUGUAUUUGUGUGUUUUUAAAAUAUUAAAUUUUGCUUCAAAGUGUGUAAAUUACUAUAGCUUGUACUGCAGGAGGAAGACGAAGACGAGAAAGACGAUGGUGAAGAAGCAGCGGUGAAGGAUACUGAGGAUAAUGAUGGCUUCAAAGCUAAAAUGAUGGACCGGAGGACAUGGAAAUGCUACGGGCGCAAGUAGUGUCUCUGGAGGCAAGGCUAAAAGUAAUGGAAAAGAGGAUGAAUGUCUAGAGUGUGGCUGAAGAGAAGCAUGCCGAAGAUUAAAAGUAAUGGAAGAGAGGAUGAAUGUCGGGAGUGUGACAUGCUUCUCCUCAGCCACACUCCCGACAUUCAUCCUCUUUUCCAUUACUUUUAGCCUUGCCUCGAGAGACACCACUUGCGCCCGUAGCAUUUCCAUGUCCUCCGGCCCAUCAUCUUAACUUUGAAUCCAUCAUUAUCCUCAGUAUCCUCCACCGCUGCUUCUUCACCAUCGUCUUCCUUGUCUUCGUCUUUCUCCUGCACGUACAAGCUAUAGUAAUUUACACACUUUGAAGCAAAAUUUAAUAUUUUAAAAACACACAAAUAUAUUACAUCGUAAUGAUCCUUGAAAAUUAGUUCAUUUAGCUUUUGCAAAUGAAAGAACCCCGUAGCCUUCCAAUUGAGCAAGGGGACGUCAUGAUUACCAACGCGUUUAACACAUCUCUGUCCUAGCUCAGACAGACUCUCGUAAGCCCAAACCUGAAAAAUAAACAAUUUGUGGCAGAAUAAGUUGUGUGUCUACACUAAUGAAUUGUCUGUAUGAAAGGAAGAAGUGUCUAUGUGGAAGAAUAAAAUUUUCUGUAUGAGAGAAUAAUAUUUUUUGUCUUUCAAAAUACAUAUCUGCCAUACAGACAACUAUGUGUUUCAUGCAAACAUGACAAUACAAACACACAAUGAAAUAUAAGGUGUACAUUACCUGUAGAACGUGAGGAAGGUCGU